AAUCACCUUCAGCUUCUUACAACAUCUUCCGACUUCAACACAUAACUACAACCCUUCCACCAGGGUAUCGCUUCCCUCCGCUUAGCUUGGCUUCUCUCAUAACCAGGUUGUUAUGGACCUUGAUGACCAAGAAAGUGUGCAAUACCAGGCAUCUGGCGGGGAAGACAGUGACGAUGACAACUUCAUCCCCCCAGACUCCGACGCCGAAGAGGAAAACGACGAUGACGACCCGAUCAAACCGGAAGAAGUCAACUCCGACGCAGAAUACGACUCCUAUCCCCGGAGAAAAGGCAAGCGAAAGACCGCGGGCAGGCAGGCAAAGAGACAACUUCCCAAGCAGCCACAGGCACAGCAGUCCGGGCAGUCUCCCGGCAACGACGCCAAUGCCCUGGCCCAGUACCCCCAUUCCGCCCGGCUGACGCAAACCCGGUGGUACCACGGCGUCCUGGGGGGUUGGAUCCGCAUCUGCUUCUGCGAAGAUUUCUACGGCCCCGACAAGGGCGCCGUGGCCGCCGCCGAGGCCAUGGUCAGUCGCUGGCGCCACUACGAGGUGCUGCCUUCCAAGCUCCUCGACCAGGAUAAAUGCCCCCAGCCGACCCCGUGGGUGGCCGACGACUUUGAAUGGACCCAGGCCCUGGCGCAGAGGGAUUGGUUUUGCCGCUUUUGGGACCAUCUGCGCCGCGAGGGUAAAGGUCAGACGGCCCGGGGGUUGAGCGCGGACGAAGCGAGCCCGUAUCUUGUUCGCCCGGUUGCGGAGCUGAGGGUUCUCAUGGGACCGCACACCUCUCAUGCUUCUCAGAGAGAGUUUACGUUUAGCUACCAUCAGAGCAUCACACUGGGUCAUGACGGUCUGCCCUUUGGCGCCAGCGGUGAUGCCAGCAGUGAUGCCAAUGGUGGUGCGAACCGAUCCGGAGGACAACCAGCCGGUUGGAUGUUCGACGUCGGAGGCAUCGUUACAUUCAUGGCGUGGGCUCCGCGGGCGAAAUCCAUCACUCAGAUUCUCGCCUUGGCGGCGAUUCCGCACACUGAUCAGGAUGUCGACGCGCGGGAGGCCGCCGCCCACACUCCGUCGAACGAGGAACAGAAACGCGGCAUCGUUCAACUAUGGGAAUUUCAGGGGUUCCAAGGAGACAACGGGGUCAUGUAUCCGUCGAAAGAACCGCCACGCCUCGUCCAGACUCUGUGCUUUGACUGGGGCAGGGUGAAGAAAGUCGAGUGGUGUCCCGUACCUUCCGUGGUGGAUCAUCAUCUCGGUGUUUUGGCCGUGUUGUCUGGAGACGGCCAAGUGCACGUCUUGUCCGUCGAAGAGCCGGGAGAAGACGAACUGUCUGCUUAUGAAAAAAUCGACAAGCCGCUAGUCUCCUUGGGCUACGAAGACGAGAAAACCUCAGUCGAGGUGACAUGUUUCUCCUGGGCCGGCAUCAAUCGCAUCGUCACAGGGCACAGCGACGGCAGCGUAGCCCUCUGGUCCCUCGCCCCGCGAUGCUGCCUCGCCCGCCAACCCGUCCACAGCACCCACGUGAUCAACAUCGCGUCCGCCUACCCGUCGCACCCGCACGUUGUGGCCUCGGCCGCCGUGAGCGGCUUCAUGACCCUGCUCGACCUCCUCGACCCGGGCAGCGAAUCGAGCUGCCAGACCAACCCGUCGACGGUGACGCAGUCGAACCUCCUGCAGUGGAGCGACCACCUCCAGGGCUUCUUCUCCCUCACCGCCUCCACGAGCCCCCUCAACACCACCGUCUCCUUCGUCCACUCGCGCACCUUCGCCGCCACCAUGCGCAAGGUCAUGGACGGCGACGCCGCCCCGACCGCCCUGGCCGUCGGUUGCCACCACCCUUUUCUCCUGGUCGCCCUGCUCGACGGUUCCGUGUGGGCGUGCAACCCGAUGAACCGCAUCUUUGCGCCGCGCCAUUACCCGCCGGGUCAGAAGGUGAAGAUUCUGGAGCACGAGCACGUUCCCGCUGCGCGCCUGCACAACCCGACCCCGGUUCUCGCUGAGAAGAAUGGCGACACCGGGGCUACUUCUGCUGCCGCUGCCGCCCGCGAGCUACCCUUCCGCGGCGUCUCGCGCAUCCUGCAGGGCUUCGGGGCCAUCCUAAAUCACGGACAUAGGGCGCUGAUUCACAUGGGCCAGGCGCAUAAGAAGACCAAGAGUACACGGAAGAGGGUGCGGCGUAAGCCGACAGUGGAUGGGGGCGAGGCGGGAGGCGAUAUGGAGGGAAAUGCAGCCGGGGACGGGGACGGAGAGGGGGACGGGGAAUUUGGGCUGUAUUCUGAUCCGACCAAGAUUAUCCUGCGAGAGCCGCUUUCCAGGACCACAGCCAUGGCGUGGAACCCGAAUAUUGAUUUUGCUUGCUGGGCUGGCAUCGCCAUGGCGUCGGGACUGGUAAGGGUCUUGGAUAUGGGAGUUGACCAUUAGGGGUCGAAGGGGGGCUUGUCUAAUUUCAUCACUACCUAUUAUCACUACCUAAGAUACCCGCUUUUAAAGCAAUAAAUUGUACCUUUGCCAG